AUGUCUCGUCAUCAGCUUGAUUUAGUGAUGUGCUUGAAGCAGCCAGGUACCCAUUUGGGGAAAGUCUGUAACAAAUGUGAUGGUCGUUGUCCAAUUUGUGAUUCGUUUGUUAGACCAACCGCAAAAGUUCGAAUUUGUGAAGAAUGUGCAUUUGGUAAAAAUGGUUCCAAAUGUGUUGUUUGUGGUGGUAAUGGUGUUAGUGAUGCCUAUUAUUGUUAUGAAUGUGUUGUUUUGGAGAAGAGUAGAGAUGGUUGUCCAAAGAUUCUCAAUGUUGGUUCAAGUAGGAUGGAUAUCUUUUAUGAGAAGAAGAAACAAAAACAAAUACCGUCUUGA